CAUCCGACUAAAAGGGCUCAGAUUCUCUGCUACGCUCGUCUGUCAAUAACUUCUACUCCCCCCUCUCUCUCUCAUCAAUUCGGUCUUCGCAAAUUCCUCAAAUGAAUGAUGAUGAGGAUGAUUAUUAUUACAAUUUACAAGCUUGAAUUUCUGGUUCGGAUCUGAAGGAAUUUCUGGAUGCUGAUGAUUGAUUCACUUGAUCAGGACGAUGAUAACGGUAGUGAAAUGAACCAUUCCGCUCCUCAUUCUUUGGCAGCAACUGCCUUGGUGCUGGUGGACUAAGUCAAACCUGCAACAUUAAGCACGUUCAGUUUCGUGGUGUUGACACUACUGUAUGGGAGGAUUCUUCCACCUCACCGAUUUAAAGCAAGGAAGGAUGGCUAGGAAGUUUGGAACACAAAAGAAAAAUGUUGGUGGAUUAGAGGCUCCACGCAACAGUUUAGAGCUUUCUGUAGAAACAUGCCAGAGCCAUUACCCCCCACAAGAUGGACAGCAUAAGUAUCAAGAGCCACAGGAUUGGUCUGAGACGAGCUGUUAUCCAGACGAGGCUCCAAUGAAGAAGUUAAUAAAUGAUGAGAUGUUAAAAAGGGCAAAAAACAGAGCAAACUCCCCCAGCAUUGUGGCCCGUCUAAUGGGAGUGGAUACGUUGCCACUAGAUACAAAAUCAGUAACACAGCGAACCGAGGAGAAAAAGGAAAUCCCAGCAAAUGAUCUGUCAAAAGAAAAACUAACCAGAUGUAGUUCCGUGGGCUCUGGGAUUUCCCCUUCAAAAUCUUUUAGGCAGACAAGAUUGGAUUCCUUUCAUGUUGAUGAAGACAGCGAUCCUGAUGAAUGGAGUGGUAGCUCAAAGAAACUCAUGCCUCGGGAACAUCCUCAAGAGGAGGAACUGCAGAAGUUUAAGAAAGAAUUUGAAGCAUGGCAAUCAGCAAGGUUUAAAGAAUGUUCAAAAAUCGUUGAACAUGGCUCCACCCCUGGCCAAUGGAUGGCUCAAGAGAAUCUCAACAACGAAAAGAUGGCUCUAUAUGCAAAUUCAGGAACAAAGGGCCAGAAACUCCAAGAUCUAAAGAAAUCACGCUCUUUGAAAGCUGGUUUGCAUGAUCGCAGUAAUUCAUACGAGUUUCUCUCACCAGAUGACAAGCGAUCAUUUCCCAUGAGGCGGAAAACAUUAAGUGAAGACUUCAAGUCAUCUCUUUUAAGACCUGAUCAAGAAACUGGAGCAUAUUCUACACCAACAAGGAUAGUCAUUUUGAGGCCUGGCUUUGACAACAUUAGUUAUCCUGAAGAGCCAUGGGCCGCCAGCUCCUCAGGUGCUUCAGAAGAUAGAAAUAAUAUUGAAGAUUUUCUAGAGGAAGUAAAAGAAAGGCUGAAAUUUGAGUUGCAAGGGAAAACUUUCAAGAGGGGAGGAGUAGUUAGAGGCGGCGGAAUCGAAACACCUUACAGUGAGAGACCAUCAGAUCCAAAACAAAUAGCACAACGGAUCGCCAAACAGGUCAGAGAGAGCGUUACUAAGGAUCUUGGAGCAAAUUUGCUUCGAUCUGAAUCAACAAGAUCUUAUAGAGGUGAAUCUCAGUGCAGUGGAGCCAGUUCUCCUGAGUUCAUCAGCAGAGAUACAAGAAGACUUUUAUCAGAAAGACUAAGGAAUGUUUUGAAGAGAGAAUCACAUUCAAAUACUUUAAUGGAUGUUGAAAACACUUCAAAAUCAUCCAUCUUAAACAGAACAUUACAAUCUAGCGAUAUCUUGAAAGAUGAAAACGAUAUUCAAAGCAAAUCUUUCAGAUGUGGGCCUGAUGAUAUGAAUAUGAUUCUCCAAAGGGAUUUAUCUCCUAUAAAUCUAGUCAGAUCUUUAUCAGCUCCAGUAUCUGGAACAUCAUUCGGAAAGCUUCUUCUCGAAGAUCGGCAUGUUGUAACUGGUGCUCACAUCCGGAGGAAGCAUGAAACUAAUGAGAAGUUAACAAUGAAGGUGAAAAAACAAAGGAAAGAUAAGUUCAAUUUGAAGGAGAGAGUGUCAAGUUUCAAGUACAGUAUAUCUCUCAGGGCAAGGUUGUUUGCCAGAAAGAUACAUUCCGCUACUGAAUUCCGUGACAAUGACCGGAGUUUUGUGAAAGACAUCAUGAAUGGACCGACAGUUACGAUGAAUUUUGCCGAAAGACCCGAAAACUCAACCGAAGUUCCACCUAGCCCAGCAUCCGUGUGCAGCAGUAUCCAUGAGGACUUCUAUAGGGCUGCAUAUUGUGUCAGCCCUUCAACAACACCAGGUGCAGUUACAUCAGACGAUAAUGAUCUGCCGCAACCUUUCAGAGACAUCAGUUCUAACCUCAACGAGCUAAGGAAGCAACUGCAUCAACUCGAGACUGGUCGAUCAGAGGAGACGGUGACUGAAGACCAGUCUUUCGAGUCUGAUAUGGUAGAGCUUGAAGACGAAGAUGAAGCUUAUGUACGAGACUUGCUAAUCGCUUCUGGUUUAUACGAUAACUCGUUCGAUAAAUCUCUAUCCAGAUGGGACACCUUUGCAAAACCGAUUACCAGCCGGGUCUUCCAGCAAGUAGAGGAAUCACACAAACACAAGAUGAACCACAUUGAACCAAAGGAACAAGCCGACCAGAAAGAGGCGCAUCACAAGGUAUUACUCGAUUUACUAAACGAAAUACUUUCGACAAUAUUAGCCCCUCCGAUCCACAUAUCCAAGUUCGGUAGGAAAGUGGCGAGACUGCCACGUGGCAACACAUUAUUGAAUCAGGUGUGGGGCAUGUUACGCGAGUAUUUACAUCCGCCUAUCGACAAAUCGUUCUACUUCUUCGACACCAUGGUGGCUAGAGAUUUGCGGUCUAUGCCAUGGUCAGAAUUGGUAAGCGAGGACAUUGAUGCUCUAACAAAAGAGGUUGAAUGUCAGAUCAUUCGAGAUCUCGUGGAAGAAACAGUGAAGGAUAUGGGAGAUGAUUACGGAAAUCGUAAAGUGUAAAAUAUAUCCCACGAUCGACGGAAUCGAUAAUUUACGUAUAUAUGAGUGUGAGUGAGUUAAAGUAGAUGGAGUAGAGAUGAGUUUGGCAUGUUUAGGAAAGGUUGUAUUGUAGGAUAUAAUCAAUCUGGGGUGUUUUUCGUUCUUGAUUGCAUGCCAAAAUUGUUAUUGUUUUUUAAGGAAAUUCAGGACCAAAUUUUGGGGUCUUGAUACAUGUAUGUGAAUCAUUAAAUGAAGAGAUACAAUGAGAUAGUGUGAAACAGGAUUACAAAUA